CAUUUUUAUCACCUUACAGAUUCAUCAGACUGACUGAAUCAUGUAAAUUCCAAGCAUCGAUUUCGCUUCAUUAUUCGGUAUAUGCGGUGUUUGAAUGAACUAAUGAUCCCUUUGUACUUGUUGCAUACUUGAUUUCGAAUUCUAAACACAGUACAUUCGUCCGUGGUUGUCUAGUACUUGUUGAUCCAAUUACGUUAUUUCUGGGAUUCUUAGUUCAUACUAUCAUUCAAAUACUCCUGAAUAUUACAUUAUUGUCGCGAUGGAGCCUGCAAUGGAAAAGUUAGAUAUUCAUUCAACUUCUGAAGCUUUUGAGGAUUAUUUGGAAAGGCUUGAAAUCUGGAACACGACUAAGAAAGAUGUUGAAGGUGAUAAAAUUGUGGCACAUUUCCUGACAUUCAUUGGGAGAGAGACGUACAGCUUAUUAAAAACUUUUUCAUAUCCAGAGAGACCUACCUCACUUCCUUAUGCAACUCUUAAGGAACUAUUAUUGAAUUGUGUAAAAUGCACUAGAUUUCAAUGCCGGGAAAGAGCAAAAUUUCAUAAGAUGAUUCGUCAAAAUGAUCAAAAUGUUCGGGAAUUCAUCCUUGAAUUACAGAAACAAGCUGCCAAGUAUAAUUUCGGUGAUCAACUUCAUGUGCAACUGAGAGAUCGAUUAAUUGCAGGAAUUAACAUACCGAGUUUGGAAAUAGAGCUGUUAAGAAUGCCGAACUGUUGCUUUCAAGAUGCUAGAACUGCAUGUGUUAACUACGAGGCAGUGAAUGAACUUGUUACCCAUUCGAUGAAGAUUUCUAAUACUUUGCUUAGUCGUCGUGAUGAAGCACAAUCUCAGGGUCAAUCAAACUUGCAUUCAUUUAACAGCGAUUCCUAUUCUCGUGUAAAUAUGAAAGGUGUUUCAACGAGGAAUUACAAAGCAAAUCACAAAGGUGAGAUGAAGUUUGGUAAAUGUUUAUCAUGUGGAAAGUUUCAUUUUUGUAAUUCAUGUGCAUUUCGUAAUGCUAAAUGUUUAAAAUGUUGUAAGAUAGGACACAUUCAGUCAGUAUGCAAAGCUACUGCUCAUUUUGCUUCAAGUAGUACUAAAUCUUGUAAUUUAAAUCUCAAUAAUUCGGAUGUUUCUAGUGAUUAUUCAUCUUUGUCUACUAUUUCGAAAGGUAAUGUUCAUAUUCAAAAGCGAUUAUAUACAUCGCUUGGUUCAUUUCAUGACUUUAUUGUGGGCACAGGCAGUAUAGAGUCCAUUAUUUCAUUCAAGAACUUGAAAGCUUUAGAUCCUAACGUUGUGGUACGACCCACUGAAGUAUCAAUACUGGGGAUUACUGGACACGGACUGCCCAUACGAGGAUGUUGUGAAUUGCUAAUAAGAGAUGAUAUUUCUUCAUACAUACCUUGUGAAUUUUUAGCUAGCGAAACAGGACUGUCAAUAUUGGGUUUAAAGAAUUUGAAAAGGCUUAAGGUGGAGUUGUCUAUUCUAGUUUCUAAAGAAAAUUCUGAUGCUUUACUUAAAGAUUUGAUAGUUACGUGUGCUAAGUGCAGUGGAGGUAUGAAAAUUAAGCCUAUAAAACUUCAAGCACAGGGUGAUCCAGUCUUUCUUAAAAGACGAAUAAUUCCUUAUGGUCUUCAAGAAGCAGUACAUAAGACAUUAAACGAUUUGUGUGUGAAAGGCAUAAUUGAACCAAUUUAGUCUUCAGCAUGCGGUACUCCUAUCGUUACGCCACUGAAGUCGGACGGCAAGACCCCUAGAAUUUGUGGUGACUAUAGAUUAACGUUGAACUCCCGUUUGUUGAGGCAAAGGUGCACUACGGUAGAGGCUGAAGAUAUUCUAAAUCGACUUCAUGGUUCUAAGGUGUUCGCGAAAUUUGACCUAAAAGAUGCUUAUCUUCAAAUUCCUCUAGAUGAAUCUUCAUCUAUUUUGACGACAAUUAACACUCCUUUUGGUCUGUUCAAAUACAAUUUCCUUCCAUUCGGUCUAAGUUGUUCUCCAGCCAUAUUUCAG